AUGCUGUGCAUUUCAGAACCAUUGCGUUCGAAUCAGAUCUCGUCGUGCAGCAGCGUGCGUACAAGGAAAGAGCGACGCGUCGCGGCCACCAACGCGCGUACAAGAAAGGAGCGACGCGUCGCGGCCACCAUGGCACAAGCGGCGCUGACGGCGCUGGACACGUGGACGGCGCGCGAUUGGCGGAAGGAGGAGCGGCAAUGGCGCGAAGAGCUGCGCCGGUGGCGCGCGGAUGACGUGGCGUUCCGUGCGGAGGAGAGGCGAUUCAAAGCGGAGGAGCGCAUAUUCCGCGCUGUGCGACACAGGUGGCGCCACGAGAUAAUGCAGCAGCGCCACGUGGACAACGCCAUGCACCUGUGGGACCGCACCAAGGAGUGCAACAGGCGCAGUGUGGAGGAGAAGGCAGAGCACAUGAGGGCCAUGGCGUGGCUGGCGGCUAUAGUGGGCGGAUUCACCAUGACUGCCCCCGUGGAGUUCACUUACAGCGACCCCGAUGCCCCCAUGGCCCUUGUCACGGCAUAUGCCCUCUGCACUGCUCUCGUGCCAUCACUGAUGGUAGUAGCAGCAAUGAUAGCAGUGUUUGUGUUAGGAGCAGUGCUGAGGAUGGGCAAGCUCUACGUGCACGAGAGGGAGGAGGAGGAGUUCCUCGCCUCUGCCCGCUUCUUCGCACUCAACCGGGCGGCGGCGGGCGGCAGCAGGACGACGGUCGCCGCCCCACCUGCUGCCUUGAGGAGCUUUGACCGCUUCUGGGACCUCAGAUGCGAAUCCGAUUGGCGGCUGACCUUCCGCCUCUUUUCUGCUGGUAGGUACCGUUUGGUGUGUUUUGAGGUGACUUUUGAGUCGACUCAAAAGUCACCUCGUUACUAUGGCACACGCCUAUUUCUGCUGGCAUUACCUUCUUCUUCCCUCUGCUUUCCACCAUGGCGUGAGUUCCUCCUAUGGCAUGGCAUGGUAGACAUGGCAUGGCAUGGUAGACAUGGCAUGACAUGGUAG